GAGCUAUGUGAUCGAUAUGUAAAAGACAAUGGCGGGCAUGUCCCUUACAGACACGGGCGCAAAGGAGUUAUUGGAGGCUCACCCUCGCUUAGCAGCGUUCACGUUUCCGAACUCCCAUGCUGGCCAGACUGUUCUUCUUCCCUCCUCCGGUCGCCAGUUUGGCUACUGUGAGUAUGUAGACACAUCGGUACCGUCUGAGCAGCUGCGGAAUGUGGUAUUGCUGCCAGGCAUUCCCGGCUCGCGCCUCUUCACCCACCCGGACGUGAGGAAGCAUGGAUGCGUCAAAACAUGGCGACUUAUCGUGCUGGAGCGACCGGGUAUUGGGCUGAGCGAUCCCGCCCCAGAGCAAUACGCUUACGCCGAUUUCGUGGCCGACUUCAGGGAGUUUUGCCAGCAGCUGGGGCUGCGUCGUGUAGCGGUGAUGGGCUUCAGCGCCGGCACGCCCUUCGCCACUGCCAUCGCAUGCGUGCAGCCGCAGCAGCAGACUCAAGCAGCUGCAUCCUCGGCUGCUAAGGCACCCGACGCUGCUAAGGCCGGCGCCGACGGUGAUGCUGCUGCUGGUGGGAAGGGUUCGGUGGAGGUGGAGGUGGCGGGUGUGGCGCUCAUCUCCGCCAUAGGGCCCCCCGACACGCCCAACAAGCGCCGCGGCAUGGCGCUCAUGUUUCAGUUCGCCUAUUGGGCCUGCACCUACGCCCCCUGGAUGGUGAGCUGGGUGGUACGGCACGAGGCCACCGCAUUCCGCCGCCGUCCCGUACACGCGAUACGGCAGGCGCUGUCGCUGUACGACUGCCCGGCUGAUGUGGAGGCGUUGAAAAGGCCAGAGGUGGAGGAGCUCUUCCUUGAGAGCGCCAUGGAGAUCUACAGCAGGGCCCAGGAGGGUGCCGUACACCGAGAGAACGUCAACUUUGCUGGUCGGCCUUGGGGCUUUGACCUCAAGACCUGCCGUACUCCUGUGACGAUCUGGCAGGGCGGCAAGGACAAGGGCUGUACGGUAAACAUGGCGACACACCUGGAGGCAAGCAUGGGUCCUGGAGUCAAGGCUACAAUAUUCCCGGAUGAGGGGCACAUGGUGUACUUCAACGUCUGGGAUCAGGUGGUUGGCUGGAUUAACGGCCUCUAAUCGUGCUAUACAGGAAAAAUGGCUAUUAACCGGCGCGCUGCAAGAAAAAGUGCUCGGUACACUCGUAUGACAUAAUAAUCAGGCGAGGCCUGUAUUUCACCUGUCCAACAUGUAUUGUGACUUUGCUUGUUAUGUCUUACGUUGUCUACUCGAAGAGGUUGGGGGUGUUCGUACGGUAUGUGUUUUUGUGGGCUCGGAGACUGGCCCGCCCGAUGGCAGGAUACGCUGGAUACCGCACACUCAGCGGUGUCUGCUGUUGACGUCAUCCGGCCAGGAAUUGUGCAUGGCAAUCAGGGCCCUCAUAUUUACGGCAGCCCACGGCAACUAUACUAGACACUGCGGGUGUUGGGGUGCGGAUGGCGGGACGAAGAGGCCCAUGCCAAGCAUGACACACAUGCCAAACCGUGUCGCGUGUUCAAGUGCCCUAAUUGAUUGUAGCGGGGCUUGUGAUAGCGUUCGUGCAGCUGUGGAGCCUGGCGAGAUUUCCGACGCAUUGCGCAUAUACUGGAUAAAGCAUUUUGCAUGCAAUGCUGGGGUCUUUUGCAUGCGAGUAGCAAGAUUGAGAGGUGGCUGGGCGGGUUCGGUUCAUGGUCAGCAUGGAUACUGCCUGGCUGCUUGGAUCUUUGGUUGCAUGGGCUCCUUGCACGGAACGAUGGGCAUGUGUCGCCGUGUGCAACUAUACGUGGGUGUGUCCUACUGCCCGCCAUGUGCCCUGCAUUGUGCUUGAAAUGGUUUCAGAGGCAAGGUUGUGUGUUGUUUUCCACGGCCAUCACCCACGUGGUCGCAAACUAUUGUAAGAUGCAGCUAGAAGCAAUCCUCAUGUUAACCUAGACGCGGUCCCUCCUCUUAUCCUUCCGUGCAGUUGCCAUACGUUGCCAUACGAUGCGAAUAUGCCGUAUGCGGGCCGCUAUGCUGAACUUGUACGGCAUUGGUAAGCUCAACUGGAAGAGGUUCAGGCCCAGCUGGCAAGCGUUGCCCAAAACCUUUUGGAGUGUUCAAUGAAUUGGAAUUUAUAAUCUUGAAGAUCCUGAGCCGGCUUCAUGCCGUUUGGGCGAGACCAAAAUGCCAUUGCCUGCACCUGAGGCACUCUCUCAAGUUAAACAACUGAACUUAGAGGCCAUGUAUAAACGAUACUUACAAAGAGUAUAUAACUAGAUCCUCCAGACCCGGUCUGUUGUUUGGGACAGCAGCUGCGAUGGAUCCUUCAUCCAAUGGUGCAACCGUACCCGGCACAGCUGCUGCGGAGGCCGCCGAUGAUCCAUCCUGCAAUUGCUUCCGGUGCACCCGUAUACGCCUGCGCCGCCAAGCUACCCUGACGGCACAUAUCGGGAACUACCGGAUGGCCCUGGGACGCCCGAUGCGCGAGCAAGCUUGGCAAAGAGCGGUCGCGGCAUACAAUCGGGCUUGGGUUGCAACGAAACUCCGUCCGGACCUGCAUUCGCGUAAAGUGGCCGCAUCCUAUUCAAACAGCAUCCACGAUGACGACGGUACGGCACAGCAUGCCCAAGAGCCGGAAGCGCACAAAGCGGGAUCUGGGGGGCCUCCCAACACACCGUACGGCGGCCCUAGUACCAGCAGCGGCAAUUGUAACUAUGCUGUGGACACGGGGGAAGCGGCAUCCUGGACGUCCGAGUCAUUGUUGCCCCACCCACCUUCAGCACCACCGCAGCAGCUGCAGCAACACCCGUCAUUACUGCCUCGGCAGUCGCAUCCGCCAUUGCUGGAGCCCGCGGGACAAUGUAAGGGGGUGGUGGCGGGGAAGCCCCUGCCCUUCGCACCCCUGCCGCCCCGGCUGGUACGCAGGAACAGCAGCGGCGCUGUUAACAGCAGCAGUAGCAGCAGCAUGACCACCUUCAGACGCAGCGGCAGCGCAUCAGGAGGCCACGAACGCAGCUUCGCGGAUGCGGUCAAUGGUACCAGCCAUAGUGCUGACAAGGACAGUGACAAGUCCGCCAACGCGGCCAGCAGCAGCAGCAGCAAUCCCGCCACCUCCGGCAGCUUCAACCUAUCCGGCCAGCGCCCUCCCACGGGCACCUCCCCCCUCGCCCACCCCAGCACGUCCGAGUCAACCCGGGAGGACGCUCAUUGGGCCCAUCUGGCCGAGCUGGCCGCCGACAUGGCUCACGCGCGCAGAGCCCUGGACGACGUGACCCGCCGGGUCGGCGGCCACGCCUCAGGCGUCCUUUCCCAGCCGCCGCCCGGCCUCGGAGCUGCUUCGGCUGCUGGAACGUCAGCCGGCCCGCCGGCGCUGGCGCCCUUGCUGUCAGCCCCCAGAGGUGCCGGCGGUGACGCCGCCGCGUCUCGUGGCGUGGUGGACAUGAUUGGGGCCGCUCGAAGGAAGUUUCGG